AUGUACCUUGAUUUAAUAUAUAGACCACAAAGUGAAAAUGAUAAUGAAGAGGUAGAAGAAUCUGAUAGUUCAACAAGUGACAAAGAUGAAAUUCCAUCUGGUGGUUCACAGAAGCACUGGCAAUAUGCUCAUUAUAUGGAUGAGUUUAAUAAUGUUGAAUAUUUACCGGCUGCUAAUACUGUUGGCCUUCUUCAGAAAGUCUGGGCAGCUAUUUUUUAUUGCUUGAUGAGUUAUUUCAAAUGGGAUAAUACAGGUAACGAAAAAGAUGAAGCGCUUAAGUUAUUGCAAAUUCA